AUGAUGGAUAAGAUUUGGAUGUGUUGCUCUAGAUUGAGUAAAGCAUUGGAGUUGGGUGAUUUCUUGCAAAAUUUUUACAUCCAAGAUCCAAUUGAGAAGAAUUGGCAUGCUGUUAUCAAGCCUAGUGGUCCAAGAGACUUAUAUGAUAUGUCUGGAUCAAAUGAAGAACGUGCAUGGCAAAUUGAUAAUGAGCCAAAUGUUUCCUCUUUGGUUCCUAUUAUCAAUGUUAGUGAUGAUAGUGUUCAUUAUUUAAGGGGUGAUAUGGUCUUCACACGGAGCCAUCCUUCUCUUGCUGGGUUGAUGAAGAUGGGACAAUCCAUUUGGAACACCACUGAGAAUAUUGAUGCAAGUCUAGAAGACUUUGAAUUUGAGUUGCCUAUGCUUAAUCAGAGUGAAUUAGAAAACAGUAAUGCUGUUGAUGGAGCCAAUUCUACUGGUAAUUGGAAAGCACUGACACCAAAUUCUAAGAGCUCUGUUUCUGCUGCGGAUGUGUUGAAGACAUUGUUCUUUAUACUUGUAAGGUAUACUUUCAGCACAUUUUUGACCUUGUAUAUCAAAACCUUGUUAGGAGAUGACUUGGGGAAGUUUCCAGCUGCCUUGUUGAUGAAUACUGUCCACUUCAGAAUGCAAGCUGUUUUAUCGAAGGCGAUCACAUGGUAUUGGUCUCAUAGAUAUCAGCCUACUGUUGCAAUGUCAUGGAGGGAUUGCCUCUAUAGAGUUGUACCAACAGCUCUUUCAAUGGCAUUGUGUCACAGACAGCGGUUCAGAGCAUUAGAGGAGGCUCGGGGGUGUUGCGGAGUGUUGGCAUAUGUGGGAGAGAACCCCCCACUUGGUUGGACGUUAACUUGCAACACAUCCCUGGUUUUCAUAUCUGUUACUUUUGUCACAAUGUGUAAGUCUGCAGCUCCUAUAUAUCUUCUCCUAUUCGCUUUUUGCAUUAAGGUGAAUUUUCUGUCAAUUGAUUUUCAAGUCUGCUCUCAAUGUUUGGAUAGUGCUGAACUGCAAUAUUGCAAAAACAAUGAGGGUUGGAUGAAGCACUCUACAGGGUUGUGCGAUUGA